UCUGUGUAACACAUAAAUCAAAUUGUCAUUUGACAUGAACCUGUCAUGAAUGUCUGGUCUACCAUAGACGUGCACAGUACAGGUAACGCGCCCGCACAGUAGAGUCACUGAAAGGAAAGCGUCUUCAUUGAAAAUUUCAGGGCUUUUUCACUGUACUCAACGAUGGUGGACAAGGUAUUGAACUGCAGAUUUCCACGACCAACAGCCUCUUGUCAACUUUUCUGUUUCCCUUGGGCUGGUGGAGGGUCAAACUUCUAUGCAAACUGGGGAAACAUGCUUCCAGAGUCUCUUGAAGUGACUGGUCUGACAUUCCCAGGACGAGAGGGACGAUUUAAGGACCCCUGCUGUCACUCCCUGGAAGUCAUGCAAAAGGAAAUCAUUGCAGCAAUUCUACCAAAAUGUCGGGAGCGACCAUUUGCUUUUUGGGGUCACAGCUUAGGAGCAUUGAUGUGUUUUGAUGUAGCAAAAACUCUAAAGAGUGAAUACAACCUUGAACCAGAGCGAAUGUUUGUUUCUGGAGUUUCCGCUCCCCACUCAGCAGAGAGAAAAGAAAGUAAAGUGUAUGUAAAAGAUCUCAAUGAUGAAGAGUUUAAAGAUUUUCUGAAGAAGCUGGGUGGGACACCAGAUGAAAUUCUCAGAAGUGAAGAACUCAUGGCUCUCUUUUUGCCUCCAUUGAGGGCAGACUAUGAACUUGUUGACCAGUAUGAGUAUGACCUUGAGGGAGAAGCCCCUUUGACCUGUCCUAUAGAUAUAACAGAUGGACAAUAUGAUAUCAAACAUAAUUUGAAAGCUUGGCAAGAUUUGACGACUGGAAAAUUGACCAUUAAAAUGUUGCCAGGGGGCCAUUUUUACCUGAAAGAGAAAGACAACAUGAUGAGGAUCCUGGAAAAUAUAUCUUCGUACUUCUUUGAAUAGCGUAGAGAUUUUGUACAACUAUCAUUAAUUGUCACAGGUGUCAUAUCUUCACAAGAGAUGUGGCUGGUAAGAAAGACUGUAUCAAUAAAAGCUGUAGAUGGACAUUAUUAAACAUUGUUCAGACAUCAAAACCUAUCUCAAAUUCAUCAACAUAAUUCAUUAUUGAUCUGAUAUUGAUUAUUUUGUACAAGGUCAUUAAUAUUCACUUGUGGCCAUAUUUCAAACUUAAUUAGAAAUAAUUUUCUUGUAUAAUUACAUUAAAAAUUUUUUUUUCAAAUUUUGAAUCUGGCUCUCAUUACUGCAAGGGACAUCGUCUUUCAAUAUAUUACAAUUCCUUCCCAGGAUCCAGAGUUGCUUCUUACCACUUUUGGUUGGAAAUCAAUGUUUAGAUUCCAUUGCACUUGAUUUCGUGAUAUUGAAAAAAUCCUCGAAAUACUUCAAAAAAAUCAUAAAAAGAAUAUUAAACGUUGAAAAGAUCACUUAGAUUCUCCGAGCUUUUGUUUAUCAAUACUGACAAAAUAAGGAAAAUACGGACAUUUCAACGUAAUCUUAUAUCAAACUUAAAUUCAAUAAAAGUAGGAAAAAUAGGAACAAAGGAAAGAUUCACACAGAGACUCCUGAAAAAGGCAAAAACGACAAUUAGGUUAGGUGUUCUGGAAGAGUAAGCGUCUUUUGCUUCUUCGACGUUAUCCGCCAUGUAUAUCUUGGUUAAUUCAAGUAAAUCAUGCCAUGUUCUCAAAAUGAGAACAAGAUACAUGUACAUCAUUUCAUACAGGAAAGAAUAUUUCCCACCAAGAUCAUUAUGACGACCUUAAAUCUUCCAAUAAUCUUCAUUUACACACAUCUCUCGAAUUCUUGUGUUUAAAGUUUGUCAGUUGCCAACAUGUUGCAUGAAAUUGCUUGUUAUGAUAUUGAUAACAAGUCUUUGAAUAUCAGAUCAUAUAGAACGUGUUACAUCAUAGGCUGUGGUUGCAAGGAUUGAACUGUUAAAAGGUAAUAUGUAAGUUAAUUACAUUGUUCAAAACUGUGCUAGACAUAAGUCAGAUGUUUCCUCAUAAUGUAUCUGCCUGUGUUAAUUUAGUACUGACAUCUACUGUGAACAAUUAUGUAUUGACCAGUGGCCAGAGGUAUUCUGUUGUUACUGAUCUACUACACAUGUUCAUGUAUUAGUUAGUUCCCUGAUUAUAUAAGUCAUUACCUGAAGCCUAUCUAAGCAGUUUGUAUGAAGGUCAGUGUAACCUUAUCUUGUUGUAAACAGCCGAAUCUAUUGUCAUUUAUGUGUGUAAGACCAUGUCAGGAGCUCAUGUAUUAUUCAAUCCUUGUUUACCUGUUAGCUAAUGUGUAAUAGUACUUUAUCAGUUAAUUAACAAUUCUAGUAUAAAUACGACCUCUUUUCUAGCCAGUUUGUAUCCGGUUCCUGAAGGCAUGCGAGUGUCCCAUCUCUCUAUAGUCUACAUUUCAAUAAACCUUCAACACCCGAA